AUGGCGAUGGUGGAGCACCCUGUUGGCGGGUGCAGCGUGCUCGAGGCGACGUCGUCAUCUCGUCUCGGCGGCCUGUUCCUUGCACAGCGCGAGGCGGAGAGGCUGAAGCCGCUACUCCACGCCGACCUGCUUCAGCGACAAGAGCAGCGACUACGCAGCCUAAAAACGCAGGGCGACGGUGGUGAUGGCGGGGCGAGGGCGGACCUGGUGCCGGCGGCGGUGGAGCGCGAGGUGGAGCGCGUGGCGCACGCCCUGGAGUCGGUCGGGCGCACCAAGCUGGCAGCCAUCUUCCGCGCGUGCUUCGUGAGCACGCUCGAGACCACCACCCUCCUCAUGCCCAACGGCCACACCCACGUCUUCACCGGAGACAUUCCGGCGAUGUGGCUGCGCGACUCGGCAGCGCAGGUGAACCACUACAUCCCGUUGGCCGCCCACGACCUCCACCUCCAGGUCCUCAUCGAAGGCCUGAUCAAGCGGCAAGCCAAUCGGAUCCUGCUGGACCCCUACGCCAACGCCUUUCGCGACCAGCCCUUCCACGGGCUCAAGGCCAACGACCGGCGGGUGGGCAAGACGGAGGAGAUCUGGGAGCGGAAGUACGAGGUCGACUCGCUGUGCUACUUCCUCUCCCUCUCCUUCAAGUACUGGAACGCCACCGGAAGCACGACGAUGUUCGAUGACGAGUGGCUGCGCAAGAAGCCGGCCGGUCUCCACCUGGAUCUGGAGAAGCCAGAAGCUGGAGCAGAACCACGACCCCGACCGCAGACGUCGCCGUACAAGUACCACACGGAAAUGCCCCAGCAGGGCAUCGGGGCCGAUACCGCCUACACGGGCAUGACCUGGAGCGGGUUCAGGCCGUCGGACGACGCGUGCAAGUAUCCGUUCCUGGUGCCGUCCAACAUGUUCGCCGUGGUCACGCUGGGCUACUUGGCCGAGAUCGCCGAGCGGGUCUACGCCAACGGGGCGCUGAGCGCCGAGGCCCUGGCCCUGCGCCAGCAGAUCGACGACGGCAUCCACAAGCACGCAAUCGUGAACCACCCAACACACGGCAAGAUCUACGCCUACGAGACGGACGGCAGGGGCUUGUACAAUCUGAUGGACGACGCCAACGUGCCGUCGCUGCUGUCGAUGCCCUACCUGGGCUACCGCUCGCCGCACGACCCCGACGGCGCGCUCGCUGACAACACGCGCCGGUUCGUGCUGUCCAAGGACAACCCCUAUUUCUACACCGGUUGCGCGCUGACCUCGACCGACCCCCGCGAGAUCCUCGAACUCAUCGCGACCUGCGAGAACACGGACGCGGACAAGGGCGUGAUGCACGAAUCGUUCAACCCGAACCGGCCGGCACAGUUCACGCGACCAUGGUUCGCGUGGGCCAACUCGCUGUUCGCCGAGCUGCUCGCCGACGUGGUGCUGAGGUGGUACUGGGGUCCGCCGCUCCGGGACCUCUACGCUCGGUUUGACCCGUUUCCGUCUACGGCCAACCGCACCGGCCUCAUCCUGGCCGUGGCCGCCGUGGCCGAGCGCGAGGGCUUCCGGUUCCACCUGGCGGUGCACUACCAGGGCGGGAUCAACUACGAAGCCCAGCGUCAGCUGUUCGAACGCUGCCGCAUCACGAUCAACACCCACGUCAACUUCGGCGGACCCUACAGAGCGCGACGUGAUCGCGCCGGCGUCGGGCUGCUGCUCGCGACGCAGAGCAUUAUGGAGCACGGCCGCGAGUACAGACUGCGCUCUAAAGACCACCUGACACUAAAGAGGUGA